AUGGGGACAAUGGGUCCAGUCCUCUGGACUCUCUCUGUUCUAACUCUGACCUUCCCGACUGAAACACAAUCUAGAGGUCUGAAUCCGCCACACAAUGACCAAGUCUGCAGCACAUGGGGUAACUUCCACUACAAGAACUUCGAUGGAGACAUCUUUCAGUUCCCUGGCUCCUGCAACUACCUGUUUGCCUCCAACUGCAAAAAUAACUACGAAGAUUUCAAUAUUCAGAUAAGACGAGCUGAAGGUGCAGAGAAUACCACCAUUUCAUAUGUGAUCAUGAAGAUUGAGGGACUUGUCAUUGAAAUGACAAAAGGAAACGUCUCUGUGGGAGAUGAGCAAGUCACUCUUCCAUACAGUCAGUUUGGGGUACAAAUACAACAGAGCAGUGUAUAUGUGAAGGUUACUGCUAAACUUGGACCGGUCUUCAUGUGGAAUGAAGAUGAUGCCCUCAUGCUGGUCCUGCCCUCCAAAUACAACGGCAGCACAUGUGGGUUAUGUGGAAAUAUGAAUGGGUUGAAGCAAGAUGACUUCAUUAUUAAUGAUAUUCCACUGACCCCUCUGCAAUUUGGAAAUUUUCAAAAACUGGAUGGACCAACCGAACUAUGUGAAGACAUUACUUCAGCUGCCCCUAAAAACUGCAGUGACCUGCAAGAAACAUGCUUUAGAAUGCUCACCAGUCCAGCCUUCAUUGACUGUAACCAACGACUUCCAGUAGAUCCAUAUGUGGCUUCCUGCAUGUUGGAUCUGUGCAGCUGCACAACUUCUUUUGAUGCCUCCUGUUUCUGUGACACUCUGGCUGAGUACUCACGUCAGUGCGCCCAUGCUGGCGGCUCACCCCAAAAUUGGCGAAAUAAUACUAUUUGUGGAGCCAAAUGUCCAUUGAAUAUGGAAUAUAUGGAAUGUGGGUCACCGUGUACGGACACCUGCUCUAAUCCUGACAGGGCACUGGUUUGUGAAGAACAUUGUAUCGAUGGAUGCUUUUGUCCUCCAGGAACUGUAUUGGAUGAUGUUGACAACAGGGGAUGUGUCCCACAAAGUGAAUGCUCUUGUACACAUAACAACCAGAAGUACGCACCAGGAGAAUCCUACAGCACCAACUGCCGCACCUGUACCUGUACAGGAGGCCAGUGGAGCUGCACAGACUUUGACUGUCCUGGACAUUGUUCUCUGGAAGGAGGUUCUCAUAUCAACACCUAUGAUGGAGGUCACUACACCUUCCAUGGGGACUGUAGUUAUAUAUUUACUAAGGACUGUGACGAUAACACAUUUACUGUCCUGGCCGAUUUGCGGAGAUGUGGUGUCACUGACACAGAGACCUGCCUGAAGAGCAUUACCCUGUCUCUGGAAAAUGGAACCGCUGUUGUCACUGUAAAAUCAACUGGUACAGUUCUCCUGAAUGGCAUCUAUGCUCAGUUACCACUGGCUACAGAAAGCGUUAUUGUGUUCCAGCCAUCCUCAUUCUACCUGAUUAUUCACAGCAUUCAUGGCUUACAGAUUGAAGUUCAAUUGGUCCCACUAAUGCAGAUCUUCGUCACACUGGAUCAUAACUUUCUCGGUGCAACAUGCGGUCUCUGUGGAAAUUUUAACAAUAUUCGUACAGAUGAUUUUCGAUCUCUAAGUGGUGUAUUGGAAGGUACAGCUGCAGCAUUUGCCAAUACAUGGAAGAGUCAAGCAGAUUGUGACGAUAUAAAGGACAGCUAUGAAGAUCCAUGUACACUCAGCGUUGCAAAUGAGAAGUAUGCUCGCUACUGGUGCUCCUUGCUCUUAGACCCCAAAGGACCGUUUUAUCCCUGCCACGACAUAGUGAACCCAAAGGUCUAUGUGAAGAAUUGUAUUUUUGACAGCUGUAAUUAUGAGAAGAGUGACGACAGUGUCUGCGCAGCUUUUUCAUCCUAUGUCCGAGCAUGUGCUGCUGAGGGGAUCACAUUGGUUGAGUGGAGAGGUCAAAUCUGUGAUAAAUAUACUCAGAAUUGUCCCAAGAACUCUACCUACCAGUACACUAUAAGCUCUUGCCAGAAAACUUGUCGCUCGCUUAGUGAACCUGACCCAACUUGUGCUGUCAAGUACAAUCCCCUGGACGGCUGUGGGUGUCCCGAUGGAACAUUUUUAGAUGAAAGUGGAACCUGUGUAUCGGCCAAAGAUUGUCCCUGCUUCUACAAGGGAUCAGUAAUGCCUGCUGGAGAGGUCAUCUUUGACAAUGGAGCCAUGUGCACAUGUCAAGGUGGCAGAUUGAACUGUGCUGGGAGUGCACCAAGUUUGUAUAAAGAAUGUCCAGAUAACAUGCUAUAUGUUGAUUGUGCCAAUGUAUCAAUGGGAGUCGAGUGUCAGAAAACAUGUCAGACAGUAGACUUGGAUUGUUUCAGCAUUCAAUGUGCCUCUGGCUGUGUCUGUACUGAUGGGCUGGUGCUCAAUAACAAUGGCAGCUGUGUGCCUAAAACAGAAUGUCCUUGUUUGUACAAUGGUGAAGUUUACCAUAGUGGGGAUACUAUUCAACAAGACUGCAAUACAUGUACCUGUAAAAGCAGGAAGUGGCAGUGUACAAAGAACGAAUGCCAUAGGACCUGUGUGGUAUAUGGGGAAGGACACUACGUAACCUUUGAUGGAAAUCGAUUCGAUUUCAGCGGUGACUGUGAAUAUACUGUGACUCAGGAUUAUUGUGCUUCCAACUCAGGAAAUGGGACAUUCCGUGUGAUCACCGAGAAUAUUCCUUGCGGAACAACUGGGGCUACCUGUUCAAAGGCCAUCAAAGUGUUUUUGGGAAACUUUGAGCUGAAGCUGAGCGAAGGAGUCUUUGAAGUUGUGGAGAGAGACAGUGGAAGUGAUGUUCCUUACCAGAUCAGACAGAUGGGGAUCUACUUUGUAAUCGAGGCGAAGAAUGGACUUAUUCUCAUGUGGGACAAAAAAACUAGUAUCUUAAUUAAACUCAGCCCCAAAUUCAAGGGACAAGUUUGUGGUCUCUGUGGCAACUAUGAUGGCAGUGUGUCCAAUGAUUUUACCACAAGGAGUCUGUCAGUCGUGGUUAAUGUACAAGAGUUUGGGAACAGCUGGAAGGCAUCACCCAUCUGCCCAGAUGCACAACCUCUAAGAGACCCUUGUAUUACAAAUCCAUACAGAAAGACCUGGUCACAGAAACAUUGCAGCAUUAUUAUGAGCCCCGUCUUCUCUAAAUGUCAUGGCAAGGUUGACCCCAGCCCAUUCAAUGAAGCAUGCGUCCAAGACACUUGUGCUUGUGACUCAGGAGGAGAUUGCGAGUGUUAUUGUACAGCUGUAGCAGCUUAUGCUGCAGCCUGUAAUGAAGCUGGAAUCUGUGUAGCAUGGAGGAGCCCCGAGAUUUGCCCCCUCUUCUGUGAUUACUACAACCCGGAAGGAGAAUGUGAGUGGCAUUACAAACCAUGCGGAUCUCCAUGCAUGAAGACUUGCAGAAAUCCAAGUGGGAAUUGCAUGAACCAACUGCCAGGUUUAGAAGGCUGUUAUCCAAAAUGCCCUAGGUCCCGUCCUUUCUUCGAUGAGGAUAUCAUGAAGUGUGUUGCACAGGCAAACUGUGGAUGCUAUGAUGAUGAUGGCAAACGCUAUAACGUUGGAGACAUGGUGCCUUCAUACAAAAACUGUGAAUCUUGCAUCUGUACCAGAAAAGGACGUCGCUGUCAGAUGGACCUCAGAGCAUGCUAUUGCUAUUAUGGAAACAUGAAAUAUGAGUAUGGAGAGAUCAUCUAUAAUACCACUGAUGGAAUUGGAGGGUGCAUAACAGCCAGAUGUUCAACUAAUGGAACCAUAGACAGAAAUGUGUACCCAUGUGAAACAACUACCACAACACCCACCACAACUUUCAAGUUUGACACAACUACACCACCUGCUGUAAAUCUGUCCACCUCAGAGCCAAUGUCACCAACCUCAGUAUCCUGCCUAGAAGAGGUCUGCAAAUGGUCAAUGUGGUAUGAUGUCAGCUGUCCAACAUUUGGUCUAACGAAUGGUGAUAAUGAAACAUUUGACAAGAUCAGAGAGAAUGGGCACUCUGUUUGUAAGGUUCCAGCCCAGGUGGAGUGUCGAGCAACGAAGUUCCCCAAUAUAUUAGUUGAGGACUUAGGUCAGGUCAUUCACUGCAAUAUAUCCAGUGGACUUUUGUGUUUUAACAAUGAGCAAUUCUCUCAGCUCUGCUUUAAUUAUGAAAUUCGUAUCUUAUGCUGUAGCUACGUGCCCUGUGAAGAUUCAACUGUGUCACCAAAAUAUGUUUCCAGCACAGUUUCUCAACAAACCCUAGAGUCAACUUCCACCAUAAGUAAUACAAAAUCAUGGACAACAAAUGAAAACUCAAAAACAGAAAGCACAAAUGUCUCACAACACUCAUCCACUGCUGUGCCAAAUACCAUUUCUCAUAAAACACCAUGCAAACAGACAUGCACAUGGACUGGUUGGUAUGAUAAUUACUACCCAACUAGUGAGACAUCUGAUGGAGAUUUUGAGACACUUGAAAAUAUUGCAGCUGUUAAUAAUGAUCUUUGCAAAAUGCCAGAUAAUAUUGCAUGUAGAGCUGAAAGGUUCCCAGAUAUAGACUUUAGAGAUCUUGGACAAGUUGUUACCUGCAAUGUCUCCUAUGGUCUUAUCUGUCAUAACAAAGAUCAAAGUAGUAACUUCCCCCUUUGCUAUAACUACCAAGUAAAUUUUCUCUGUUGCUCCAUGAAGGACUGUGAAUCAUCUACCAUUUCUGCCCAUGCAACAACAUUUAUGGAGACAACCACAGUUCUUGCAAAAACAUCUCAAUUGACAAGAACUACAGAAAACAUGAUCACAUCUGAAAAUAUAACAGAGAGAAAGAGUAGUACAGCAUCAUCUCCUAAAGGAGAUCACACAAGUGAAAUUACAGCAACAAAAUUUAACACCAUGGAAACAUCUUCAACUCCUGGAGUUUCCAGGAUUACAUGUGAACCUAUAUGUCAAUGGUCACAGUGGUAUGAUGAAAGUUUUCCAGAUGAUGAAACGUAUGGAGACUAUGAAACAUAUGAAAAUAUCAGAAAUGCUGGGUAUAAUCUAUGUGAUGAGCCAUCGGAUAUCCAGUGUAGAAUUGUUAAUUUUCCAGAUAUUACUUUAGAUGAAUCACAGCAGACUGUACAUUGCAAUGUCAGCAAUGGACUUGUUUGUAUGAAUGAGGAACAGACUGGCUCAUUCCCAUUUUGCUACAACUAUGAAAUUAGAGUUCUCUGCUGUUCUGGGUGUGCAUCUACAACACUAUUGUCUUCAACACCUAGAUAUCCAACCAACACAAGUGCAAGUGAGGUUACAUCCACAAAGGAAGUAGUCUCAAUAUUUACUACAGGCAUUCAUAAGUUAACAAGUGAAACACUUAAAGAAGAAGAGACUACCUUUCAGCCUAUUUCUGUAAAGACAACUGCAUCAAGUGCUUCAGCCACAACACCAGAAAAUGUGCAGUUCCAUACACCAUUAUCACAAAAAACAACAAUGGUUGAAACAGCAGCAAAUGAAUAUACAGGUACACAUGCAAGUGCUUCUGGACUGAGCACAGCUUUCAAACAAUCAACAACAAAGCCUGAAGAAGAAGAAACUACUUCUCAGAAACCAAUUACCCAAAAGACAACAAAGUUUUCAACAUCCGCUGGUGAAUUAACUUCCACAAGAAAAUCUUCAACUGCAUCUGGUGAAGUGACAUCUGCUUACAAAACCUCGACACAGAGCACAGCUUUCCAAAAGCCAACCACAACAAAGGAAGAAGAAACUACUUCUCAGAAACCAAUUACCCAAAAAACAACAAAGUUUUCAACAUCUGCUGGUGAAGUAACUUCCACAAGAAAAUCUUCAACUGCAUCUGGUGAAGUGACAUCUGCUUACAAAACAUCGACAAUGAGCACAGCUUUCCAAAAAUCAACAACAAAGCCUGAGGAAGAAGAAACUACUUCUCAGAAACCAGUCACUCAAAAAACAACAAAGUUUACAACAUCCGCAGGUGAAAUAACUUCUACAAGAAAAUCUUCAACUGCACAUGGUGAAGUUACAUCUGCUUACAAAACCUCUAGACAGAGCACAGCUUUCCAAAAAUCAACCACAACACCAGAAGAAGAAGAAGAAACUACUACUCAGAAACCAAUUACUCAAAAAACAACACAGUUUACAACAUCCACUGGUGAAAUAACUUCUACAAGAAAAUCUUCAACUGCAUCUGGUGAAGUUACAUCUGCUUACAAAACUUCUAGACAAAGUACAGCUUUCCAAAAGUCAACCACAACACCAGAAAAAGAAGAAGAAACUACUUCUGAGAAACCAGUUACUCAAAAAACAACAAAGUUUACAACAUCCGCUGGUGAAGAAACUUCCACAAGAAAAUCUUCAACUGCAUCUGGUGAAGCUACAUCUGCUUACAAAACUUCUAGACAAAGUACAGCUUUCCAAAAAUCAACCACAACAACAGAAGAAGAAGAAGAAACUACUACUCAGAAACCAAUUACGCAAAAAACAACAAAGUUUUCAACACCCACUGGUGAAUUAACUUCCACAAGGAAAUCUUCAACUGCAUCUGGUGAAGUGACAUCUGCUUACAAAACUUCUAGACAGAGCACAGCUUUCCAAAAAUCAACCACAACGCCAGAAGAAGAAGAAGAAACUACUACUCAGAAACCAAUUACUCAAAAAACAACACAGUUUACAACAUCCGCUGGUGAAUUAACUUCUACAAGAAAAUCUUCAACUGCAUCUGGUGAAGUUACAUCUGCUUACAAAACCUCUAGACAGAGCACAGCUUUCCAAAAAUCAACCACAACACCAGAAGAAGAAGAAGAAACUACUACUCAGAAACCAAUUACUCAAAAAACAACACAGUUUACAACAUCCACUGGUGAAAUAACUUCUACAAGAAAAUCUUCAACUGCAUCUGGUGAAGUUACAUCUGCUUACAAAACUUCUAGACAAAGUACAGCUUUCCAAAAGUCAACCACAACACCAGAAAAAGAAAAAGAAACUACUUCUCAGAAACCAAUUACCCAAAAAACAACAAUGUUUUCAACAUCUGCUGGUGAAGUAACUUCCACAAGAAAAUCUUCAACUGCAUCUGGUGAAGUUACAUCUGCUUACAAAACAUCGACACUGAGCACAGCUUUCCAAAAAUCAACAACAAAGCCUGAGGAAGAAGAAACUACUGCUGAGAAACCAGUUACUCAAAAAACAACAAAGUUUACAACAUCCGCUGGUGAAGAAACUUCCACAAGAAAAUCUUCAACUGCAUCUGGUGAAGCUACAUCUGCUUACAAAACUUCUAGACAAAGUACAGCUUUCCAAAAAUCAACCACAACACCAGAAGAAGAAGAAGAAACUACUACUCAGAAACCAAUUACCCAAAAAACAACAACGUUUUCAACAUCUGCUGGUGAAGUAACUUCCACAAGAAAAUCUUCAACUGCAUCUGGUGCAGAGACAUCUGCUUACAAAACUUCUAGACAGAGCACAGCUUUCCAAAAAUCAACCACAACACCAGAAGAAGAAGAAACUACUUCUCAGAAACCAGUUACUCAAAAAACAACAACGUUUUCAACAUCCGCUGGUGAAAUAACUUCUACAAGAAAAUCUUCAACUGCAUCUGGUGAAGUGACAUCUGCUUACAAAACUUCUAGACAAAGUACAGCUUUCCAAAAAUCAACCACAACACCAGAAGAAGUAGAAGAAACUACAACUCAGAAAUCAAUUACCCAAAAAACAACAACGUUUUCAACAUCUGCUGGUGAAGUAACUUCCACAAGAAAAUCUUCAACUGCAUCUGGUGAAGUGACAUCUGCUUACAAAACAUCUAGACAGAGCACAGCUUUCCAAAAAUCAACCACAACACCAGAAGAGGAAGAAGAAACUACUUCUCAGAAACCAAUUACCCAAAAAACAACAACGUUUUCAACAUCUGCUGGUGAGGUAACUUCCACAAGAAAAUCUUCAACUGCAUCUGGUGAAGUUACAUCUGCUUACAAAACAUCGACACAGAGCACAGCUUUCCAAAAAUCAACAACAAAGCCUGAGGAAGAAGAAACUACUUCUGAGAAACCAGUUACUCAAAAAACGACAAAGAUUUCAACAUCCGCUGGUGAAGAAACUUCCACAAGAAAAUCUUCAACUGCGUCUGGUGAAGUGACAUCUUCUGACAAAACUUCCAGACAGAGCACAGCUUUCCAAAAAUCAACAACAAUGCCUGAGGAAGAAGCAACUACUUCUGAGAAACCAGUUACUCAAAAAACAACAGAGUUUACAACAUCCGCUGGUGAAAUAACUUCUACAAGAAAAUCUUCAACUGCAUCUGGUGAAGUGACAUCUGCUUACAAAACAUCGACACUGAGCACAACCUUCCAAAAAUCAACAACAAAGCCUGAGGAAGAACAUACUACUUCUGAGAAACCAGUUACUCAAAAAACGACAACGUUUUCAACAUCCGCUGGUGAAGAAACUUCCACAAGAAAAUCUUCAACUGCAUCUGGUGAAGUGACAUCUACUUACAAAACUUCCAGACAGAGCACAGCUUUCCAAAAAUCAACAACAAAGCCUGAGGAAGAAGCAACUACUUCUGAGAAACCAGUUACUCAAAAAACAACACAGUUUACAACAUCAGCUGGUGAAAUAACUUCUACAAGAAAAUCUUCAACUGCAUCUGGUGAAGUGACAUCUGCUUACAAAACUUCUAGACAAAGUACAGCUUUCCAAAAAUCAACCACAACACCAGAAGAGGAAGAAACUACUUCUGAGAAACCAGUUACUCAAAAAACAACAAGGUUUUCAACAUCCGCUGGUGAAGAAAGUUCUACAAGAAAAUCUUCAACUGCAUCUGGUGAAGUGACAUCUGCUUACAAAACAUCUAGACAGAGCACAGCUUUCCAAAAAUCAACCACAACACCAGAAGAAGAAGAAACUACUUCUCAGAAACCAGUUACUCAAAAAACAACAAGGUUUUCAACAUCCGCUGGUGAAGAAAGUUCCACAAGAAAAUCUUCAACUGCAUCUGGUGAAGUGACAUCUGCAUACAAAACUUCUAGACAGAGCACAGCUUUCCAAAAAUCAACCACAACACCAGAAGAGGAAGAAGAAACUACUUCUCAGAAACCAAUUACCCCCAAAACAACAACGUUUUCAAUAUCUGCUGGUGAGGUAACUUCCACAAGAAAAUCUUCAACUGCAUCUGGUGAAGUUACAUCUGCUUACAAAACAUCGACACUGAGCACAGCUUUCCAAAAAUCAACAACAAAGCCUGAGGAAGAAGAAACUACUUCUGAGAAACCAGUUACUCAAAAAACGACAAAGAUUUCAACAUCCGCUGGUGAAGAAACUUCCACAAGAAAAUCUUCAACUGCGUCUGGUGAAGUGACAUCUUCUGACAAAACUUCCAGACAGAGCACAGCUUUCCAAAAAUCAACAACAAAGCCUGAGGAAGAAGCAACUACUUCUGAGAAACCAGUUACUCAAAAAACAACACAGUUUACAACAUCCGCUGGUGAAAUAACUUCUACAAGAAAAUCUUCAACCGCAUCUGGUGAAGUGACAUCUGCUUACAAAACUUCUAGACAAAGUACAGCUUUCCAAAAAUCAACCAAAACACCAGAAGAAGAAGAAGAAACUACUACUCAGAAACCAAUUACCCAAAAAACAACAACGUUUUCAACAUCUGCUGGUGAAGUAACUUCCACAAGAAAAUCUUCAACUGCAUCUGGUGCAGAGACAUCUGCUUACAAAACUUCUAGACAGAGCACAGCUUUCCAAAAAUCAACCACAACACCAGAAGAAGAAGAAACUACUUCUCAGAAACCAGUUACUCAAAAAACAACAAGGUUUUCAACAUCCGCUGGUGAAGAAAGUUCUACAAGAAAAUCUUCAACUGCAUCUGGUGAAGUGACAUCUGCAUACAAAACUUCUAGACAGAGCACAGCUUUCCAAAAAUCAACCACAACACCAGAAGAGGAAGAAGAAACUACUUCUCAGAAACCAAUUACCCCCAAAACAACAACGUUUUCAACAUCUGCUGGUGAGGUAACUUCCACAAGAAAAUCUUCAACUGCAUCUGGUGAAGUUACAUCUGCUUACAAAACAUCGACACUGAGCACAGCUUUCCAAAAAUCAACAACAAAGCCUGAGGAAGAAGAAACUACUUCUGAGAAACCAGUUACUCAAAAAACGACAAAGAUUUCAACAUCCGCUGGUGAAGAAACUUCCACAAGAAAAUCUUCAACUGCGUCUGGUGAAGUGACAUCUUCUGACAAAACUUCCAGACAGAGCACAGCUUUCCAAAAAUCAACCACAACACCAGAAGAGGAAGAAGAAACUACUUCUCAGAAACCAAUUACCCCAAAAACAACAACGGUUUCAACAUCUGCUGGUGAAGAAACUUCCACAAGAAAAUCUUCAACUGCGUCUGGUGAAGUGACAUCUUCUAACAAAACUUCCAGACAGAGCACAGCUUUCCAAAAAUCAACAACAAAGCCUGAGGAAGAAGCAACUACUUCUGAGAAACCAGUUACUCAAAAAACAACACAGUUUACAACAUCCGCUGGUGAAAUAACUUCUACAAGAAAAUCUUCAACUGCAUCUGGUGAAUUGACAUCUGUGUACAAAACUUCUAGACAAAGUACAGCUUUCCAAAAAUCAACCACAACACCAGAAGAAGAAGAAGAAACUACUACUCAGAAACCAAUUACACAAAAAACAACAACGUUUUCAACAUCUGCUGCUGAAGUAACUUCCACAAGAAAAUCUUUAACUGCAUCUGGUGCUGAGACAUCUGCUUACAAAACUUCUAGACAGAGCACAGCUUUCCAAAAAUCAACCACAACACCAGAAGAAGAAGAAACUACUUCUCAGAAACCAGUUACUCAAAAAACAACAACGUUUUCAACAUCUGCUGGUGAAUUAACUUCCACAAGAAAAUCUUCAACUGCAUCUGGUGAAGUUACAUCUGCUUACAAAACAUCGACACUGAGCACAGCUUUCCAAAAAUCAACAACAAAGCCAGAGGAAGAAGAAACUACUUCUGAGAAACCAGUUACUCAAAAAACGACAAAGUUUUCAACAUCCGCUGGUGAAGAAACUUCCACAAGAAAAUCUUCAACUGUGUCUGGUGAAGUGACAUCUUCUUACAAAACUUCCAGACAGAGCACAGCUUUCCAAACUUCAACAACAAAGCCUGAGGAAGAAGCAACUACUUCUGAGAAACCAGUUACUCAAAAAACAACACAGUUUACAACAUCCGCUGGUGAAGUAAGUUCUACAAGAAAAUCAUCAACUGCAUCUGGUGAAGUAACAUCUGCAUACAAAACUUCUAGACAAAGCACAGCUUUCCAAAAAUCAACCACAACACCAGAAGAAGAAAAAGAAACUACUUCUCAGAAACCAAUUACCCAAAAAACAACAACGUUUUCAACAUCCGCGGGUGAAGUAAGUUCUACAAGAAAAUCCUCAACUGCAUCUGGUGAAGUGACAUCUGCUUACAAAACUUCUAGACUGAGCACAGUGUUCCAAAAAUCAACCACAACACCAGAAGAAGAAGAAACUACUUCUCAGAAACCAAUUUCCCAAAAAACAACAAAGUUUUCAACAACCGCUGGUGAAGUAAGUUCUACAAGAAAAUCAUCAACUGCAUCUGGUGCAGUGACAUCCGCUUACAAAACUUCUAGACUGAGCACAGCUUUCCAAAAAUCAACCACAACACCAGAGGAAGAAACUACUUCUCAGAAACCAAUUACCCAAAAAACAACAAAGUUUUCAACAUCUGCUGGUGAAGUAAGUUCUACAAGAAAAUCAUCAACUGCAUCUGGUGAAGUGACAUCCGCUUACAAAACUUCUAGACUGAGCACAGCUUUCCAAAAAUCAACCACAACACCAGAAGAAGAACAAAAAACUACUACUCAGAAACCAAUUACCCAAAAAACCACAAUGUUUUCAACAACCGCUGGUGAAGUAAGUUCUACAAGAAAAUCAUCAACUGCAUCUGGUGAAGUUACAUCUGCAUACAAAACUUCUAGACAGAGCACAGCUUUCCAAAAAUCAACCACAACACCAGAAGAAGAAAAAGAAACUACUUCUCAGAAACCAAUUACACAAAAAACAACAAAGCUUUCAACAACCGCUGGUGAAGUAAGUUCUACAAGAAAAUCAUCAACUGCAUCUGGUGAAGUGACAUCCGCUUACAAAACUUCCAGACAGAGCACAGCUUACCAAAAAUCAACCACAACACCAGAGGAAGAAACUACUUCUCAGAAACCAAUUACCCAAAAAACAACAACGUUUUCAACAUCUGCUGGUGAAGUAAGUUCUACAAGAAAAUCAUCAACUGCAUCUGGUGAAGUGACAUCCGCUUACAAAACUUCUAGACUGAGCACAGCUUUCCAAAAAUCCACCACAACACCAAAAGAAGAAGAAGAAACUACUUCUCAGAAGCCAAUUACCCAAAAAACAACAAAGUUUUCAACAUCCACUGGUGAAUUAACUUCCACAAGGAAAUCUUCAACUGCAUCUGGUGAAGUGACAUCUGCUUACAAAACUUCUAGACAGAGCACAGCUUUCCAAAAAUCAACCACAACUCCAGAAAAAGAAGAAGAAACGACUUCUCAAAAGCCAAUUACCCAAAAAACAACAAAGUUUUCAACAUCCACUGGUGAAUUAACUUCCACAAGGAAAUCUUCAACUGCAUCUGGUGAAGUGACAUCUGCAUACAAAACUUCUAGACUGAGCACAGCUUUCCAAAAAUCAACCACAACACCAGAAGAAGAACAAAAAACUACUAGUCAGAAACCAAUUACCCAAAAAACAACAAAGUUUUCAACAACCGCUGGUGAAGUAAGUUCUACAAGAAUAUCAUCAACUGCAUCUGGUGAAGUGACAUCUGCUUACAAAACUUCUAGACAGAGCACAGCUUUCCAAAAAUCAACCACAACACCAGAGGAAGAAACUACUUCUCAGAAACCAAUUACCCAAAAAACAACAAAGUUUUCAACAUCUGCUGCUGAAGUAAGUUCUACAAGAAAAUCAUCAACUGCAUCUGGUGAAGAGACAUCUGCUUACAAAACUUCUAGACUGAGCACAGCUUUCCAAAAAUCAACCACAACACCAGAAGAAGAAAAAGAAACUACUUCUCAGAAGCCAAUUACCCAAAAAACAACAAAGUUUUCAACAUCCACUGGUGAAUUAACUUCCACAAGGAAAUCUUCAACUGCAUCUGGUGAAGUGACAUCUGCUUACAAAACUUCUAGACUGAGCACAGCUUUCCAAAAAUCAACCACAACACCAGAAGAAGAAGAGAAAACUACUUCUCAGAAGCCAAUUACCCAAAAAACAACAAAGUUUUCAACAUCCACUGGUGAAGUAAGUUCUACAAGAAAAUCAUCAACUGCAUCUGGUGAAGUGACAUCUGCUUACAAAACUUCUAGACUGAGCACAGCUUUCCAAAAAUCAACCACAACACCAGAAGAAGAACAAAAAACUACUACUCAGAAACCAAUUACCCAAAAAACAACAAAGUUUUCAACAACCGCUGGUGAAGUAAGUUCUACAAGAAAAUCAUCAACUGCAUCUGGUGAAGUGACAUCUGCUUACAAAACUUCUAGACUGAGCACAGCUUUCCAAAAAUCAACCACAACACCAGAAGAAGAAGAGAAAACUACUUCUCAGAAGCCAAUUACCCAAAAAACAACAAAGUUUUCAACAUCCACUGGUGAAGUAAGUUCUACAAGAAAAUCAUCAACUGCAUCUGGUGAAGUGACAUCUGCUUACAAAACUUCUAGACUGAGCACAGCUUCCCAAAAAUCAACCACAACACCAGAAGAAGAACAUAAAACUACUACUCAGAAACCAAUUACCCAAAAAACAACAAAGUUUUCAACAACCGCUGGUGAAGUAAGUUCUACAAGAAAAUCAUCAACUGCAUCUGGUGAAGUGACAUCUGCUUACAAAACGUCUAGACUGAGCACAGCUUUCCAAAAAUCAACCACAACACCAGAAGAAGAAGAAGAAACUACUUCUCAGAAACCAAUUACACCAAAAACAACAAAGUAUUCAACAUCCACUGGUGAAUUAACUUCCACAAGGAAAUCUUCAACUGCAUCUGGUGAAGUGACAUCUGCUUACAAAACUUCUAGACUGAGCACAGCUUUCCAAAAAUCAACCACAACACCAGAAGAAGAAGAAGAAACUACUUCUCAGAAGCCAAUUACCCAAAAAACAACAAAGUUUUCAACAUCCACUGGUGAAUUAACUUCCACAAGGAAAUCUUCAACUGCAUCUGGUGAAGUGACAUCUGCAUACAAAACUUCUAGUCAGAGCACAGCUUUCCAAAAAUCAACCACAACACCAGAAGAAGAAGAAGAAACUACUUCUCAGAAGGCAAUUACCCAAAAAACAACAACGUUUUCAACAUCCACUGGCGAAGUAAGUUCUACAAGAAAAUCAUCAACUGCAUCUGGUGAAGUGACAUCUGCUUACAAAACUUCUAGACUGAGCACAGCUUUCCAAAAAUCAACCACAACACCAGAAGAAGAACAAAAAACUACUACUCAGAAACCAAUUACCCAAAAAACAACAAAGUUUUCAACAACCGCUGGUGAAGUAAGUUCUACAAGAAAAUCAUCAACUGCAUCUGGUGAAGUGACAUCUGCUUACAAAACUUCUAGACUGAGCACAGCUUUCCAAAAAUCAACCACAACACCAGAGGAAGAAACUACUUCUCAGAAGCCAAUUACCCAAAAAACAACAAAGUAUUCAACAUCCACUGGUGAAUUAACUUCCACAAGGAAAUCUUCAACUGCAUCUGGUGAAGUGACAUCUGCUUACAAAACUUCUAGACAAAGUACAGCUUUCACAAAAUUAACCACAACACCAGAAGAAGAAGAAGAAACUACUUCUCAGAAACCAAUUUCCCAAAAAACUACAAGGUUUUCCACAGCCUCCGGAGAUGUAACUUCAACCAGAAAUGAAUCUGAAGAAGUGACAUCUGCUUACAGAACAUCUAAACCAAGUACAUCUAAGCAGAUAUCAACUACAAAGCAUGGUGAAGAAAAAUCUACAACCCAGAAACCAUUUUCCUUAAAAACCACUAAGGUUUCAACUGUAUCUGGUGAAGUAACCUCUACUAGAAGCUCUUCAAGUGAAUCUGGUAAAGUGACAUCUCCUUACAUAACAUCUAGACCAAGUACAAUUGCCCACACAUCAAUUACAACGCAUGAAGACAUCACAACUCAUAAGCCAGCCUCAGCAAAAUCCACAGUUCAACAAACAUUUACAACAGCCAAUUGUAUGUGCAACUUUAAUGGCAUUCUGGUUCCUCCUGGCAAAGUGUUAUAUAACACAACUGAUAAUGCAGGCUGGUGUUUCUUUGCUCGAUGCAAUGAGACCUGUCAAGUGGAGAGAUAUAGUGAAGAAUGUGACCGUUUUACACAAAAAACCACCACAAGCAGCACUGAAAAAACUGUCACUACCAGAACAGCGACCACCACUUCCCAAGAGCCGAGCGUUACAACCACCGCAACAUCCCAGACAAAGCAUUCUGUUACAGCUCCUUUCUCGUCCAGCACCCCAACAUACGAGUGCAGUGCACUGAUGCCACCUAGAAAGAUGAAUGAAACCUGGGCUAUAAACAAAUGUUCCAAUGCAACUUGUGUUGGUCAGAACAACAUAGCAAUACAAACGAUGCAAUGCCCAUCAGUUCAAAACAUUGUCUGUGCCAAUCGCUUCCAACCAAGGAAAAUAUAUGACGAGAGUGGCUGCUGCUAUCAAAAUCAAUGUGAAUGUGUUUGUGGUGGUUGGGGAAACUCGCAUUAUAUCACUUUUGAUGGUACUUACUAUGAUUUCUCUGGACAAUGUACCUAUGUCCUUGUUCAGCAAAUCACACCACUAUUUGACCAUUUCCGAAUUUAUAUUGAUAACUUCAAUUGUGACCCCAAUGAUCCAAACUGUGUGAAGUCACUUCGGAUCAUGUACAAUAAUGAUACUGUCGUGCUGGAGUCCCGAGAGGUCAACUACAGACCGGAGAGCGAGAUAUACUUCAACGAGGAGAGGGUGUACCCAGCAAUAAACAGAAAUGGCAUUAUUAUCUCUUACUCUGGUAUAUUUGUGAUUGUGGAGAUACCAGAGUUGUCCGCCUACAUCUCAUUUAAUGUCAUUAGUUUCACUAUUAGGUUGCCAUUCAACAAGUUUUCAGGAAAUACGGAAGGCCAUUGUGGCAAGUGUUCCAAUAACCGUAUUGAUGAUUGCAUACUGCCCAAUGGACAAAUAGCUCCAUCUUGUGCACAAAUGGCAGGAGAAUGGGGUGCAACAGACCAGGAUUCAUCUACAUGUAGUGCAACUUCCACCAUUUCCCCUUCCACUAUCAUCCAAACCACAUUCCCAUUUUCCAUCAAGGCAUCCACAUAUUUCUCUACAUUGUUAUCUACCCUACCUCCAACAAUCGCAUCAUCAGCCAUUCCACUUACAGAACUGUCCACUUUACCAUCUACCAAUACUGUACCCAAUUCCAUGACAAGUGGCAAUGGGCCCUGCGAAAUUCCAGAGCUCUGCUCUCUCAUCCUUAGCAGCGUCUUCAAGCCUUGCCACUCAGCUGUGCCCCCCGAUCCAUUCUUCCAGUCCUGUAUCCAUGAUGGAUGUCACAAAACCGAGAGUGGAAUUCUCUGCUCCAGUUUACAGAGUUAUGCCAGAAUAUGUGCUACAGAAGGCAUCUGUAUAGAUUGGAGGAACAGUACUAAUGGCAUAUGCCCCAAGAAUUGCCCUGAAGGCACAGUUUAUAAACCAUGUGCUGAUCCAACAGAACCUACCUGUAACUCCAAAUACAACGAAAUGUUCACACAGAACAACAAACAUGAUAUUGUGGAAGGAUGCUAUUGUCCUGAGGGUACCACCAAAUUCAACACAAUGUCGAGCAUAUGUGUCACCUCUUGUGGUUGCACUGGCCCUGAUGGAAUGCCUAAAGAGCUGGGAGAAGAAUGGGAAAGUAACUGUCAAACAUGUCAAUGUGAUAACCAGACAAUGAGUGUGCAGUGUACACCAAAACUAUGUUCUUCACCUACUCCUAAUGUCUGCACAGAGGAAGGAUCUAUGCCAGUAUCGGUGCCCGACCUUGCCAACCCCUGCUGCAUGGUGACAGAAUGCAGGUGUAACCUCAGCCUGUGUAUAAGUGAGAAGCCUGUUUGUGCACCUGGCACUGAAGCUGUGUCACAUUACAACGAAGGAGCCUGCUGCCCUGCCUACACAUGUGAGCCCAAACUUGUAUGUGUGUAUAACAGAACCGAGUACCAGCCCGGUGCUAUUGUUCCUUCAACUAAUCCGUGCGAGCAGUGUAACUGUGAAAUCACCAUGAACAAUCUUUCCAUCUCCUGCAUGCCACGUGUGUGUCAAAUAAAUUGCGCAGAGGGUUAUGUGUAUCAAGACAUGCCAGGAAAAUGCUGCGGAGAGUGUGUACAGACCCACUGUGUCAUGGACCUUCCAGAUAACUCUACUUACCUGCUGGCGCCUGGAGAGAUCUGGUCACCUCCUGGUGAUAACUGCACACAUUACGAGUGUGUGAAGAAAAAUGACAAGUUGUUCCCUAUGGCAUCCAAAAUGUCCUGCCCCCAAAUCGACCUGGAUAACUGUCUCAAUGGAACAAUUCAAAUGGACGACACUGGAUGCUGUCAGACCUGUGUCCAAAAACCCACAAAGUGUCAGAAGACAAAAACAAAAAGCAUUAUCCUUCAAAAUGGCUGCACGUCCCUUUCCCCAGUGACAAUGUCCUACUGCUCAGGCAGCUGUGACAGCUCCUCCAAAUAUUCGGAAACUGCACAAGCCAUGCUGCGCCAAUGUACGUGCUGCCAGGAAACUAAAACGGAAAAUGUGACCAUCGACUUAAGCUGUCCCAAUGGUGUAACCAACAAAUAUUCCUUCAUAAACGUCAUUAGCUGUGCCUGUGUUGAUACCCACUGCAAGGAAUAUGAGACGGGGGACAAAAUAAGUAGCGAAGAUACUAACUACACUACUAAGGAAGAGAGUGUCAAUUCAAACUAACAAAAGCAGUCUCUCUAAAGAGAGAAUUGAUAGAUAUACAAGGCGGACUUGUAACAAAUUCUUAGCAGUGAGCAAGAUUCAGGGAUAAUAUAAAUUGCACAAAACCAUUGUGAAAUACUGAAAUUAAACCUAAGCACCUUAAAAUGAG